UCCUAAAUUGUGCAAGCAUAUGAUACAAAUUUUAAUAGAAAGUUAGAAUAACAACCAGCUUGAAUCUAUUUCGAAUCAGCCGUCCACACUUGGUUAUUUUUGUAACGCAACGUGUAACAUGAGAUCACACCCGGCAAACACGUUCUCUUCCACACAGGGAAGGACAGAGUCUCAAACCAAAAGAAAACUCUCAGUCUCUCUAUAUCCCACAACAAAGAUUUCAGACGGGUUUUAACGCUUUGAUCUUUCGCUGAGUCCAAGGGGAAUGACGAAGGAGGUCAGCUACAGAGUUUUUAUUUCAGGCUUUGGGUGUUGUGAUGUUCCCCAGCAGCUGCUGUGACUCUCUGUGAGAGCAUGCGGACAAGCGUCAGCGUGUGGGGACUCUCCAGUACUUUCCAGCUUAGACCUUAAACUUUUGCCUGGUAAGUUACCAGCUCCGUUUACUCCCAUUUCUCUGAAAACCUUCGAAGUGCUGCUCAGAGGAGUGAGACAGGAUUUCAAGUUACUGGACAAAGCGACAGAAACAUCGCAAUGACUCUCCAGUGGACGGCGGUGGCCUUCUUCCUGUAUGCAGAGAUAGUGUUCAACCUCAUCCUGUGCAUACCCUUUAUAUCAGCGCACAGAUGGCAUUUAGUUUUCAACUGGAGAAUCUGGAGCUGGUUAUCUCCAUACUGGAACAAGUUCUUCUUUGCGAUGAUAAUGGCCCUUGUUGUUCUUUUUUGUGACGCCAUCCGAGAAGUGCAGAAGUACUCUGGCCCUGAGCCCAUGCAUGAUGCCCAAGCCAACCCAAACCUGUACGACCAUGUCCACAUGAAGCUGUUCAGGGCCCAGAGGAACCUUUACAUCUGUGGCUUCUCUCUCUUUCUCUGGCUUGUCAUGCGCCGGAUUGUCACUCUGCUAAACCAGAUCGCUGAGACUUCGGUAAACACUGCAGGUCUUCAGGCACAGAUGGAAAAUGCAUUUAAAACAGCUGAGAAGCACCAGGAGGACAACCAGAUUCUCAAAACAGCUCUCCUGGAAAGAGAACAAUCUACGCUGAUAACAAACAAUCAGUUGAAGUUGGAGAUAGAAAAGCUUCAAAGUCAACUAAAGGCUGCAGAGGAAGCUGUGCGAAGGUCUGACGCUGAAGUUGAAGCUAUGAAAAAGCAGGCCAAAGGUCUGGCGCAUGAAUAUGACAGACUACUAAGGGAGCACUAUCAGCUGCAGAACCUCCAGAGUGCUGAGGGUAAAAAAGAUCAGUAAUCACAUAGCUGUGAUGAGACCUGGGUUCACCUCUGCCCCUCCCACAGACGAGAUGACGCAGCAACAGCAGACGCCAUAUGUCUUUCUCACAAAUCUUUUCAGGUUCAAUUUCUUCCGGAGAAGAAGAUUGUUUAUAACCGUCUAUAAGCAAGAAGACUGUUUAUAACCGUCUAUAAGCAAGAAGACUGUUUAUAACCGUCUAUAAGCAAGAAGACUGUUUAUAUCCGUCUAUAAGCAAGAAGACUGUUUAUAUCCGUCUAUAAGCAAGAAGACUGUUUAUAACCGUCUAUAAGCAAGAAGACUGUUUAUAACCGUCUAUAAACAAGAAGACUGUUUAUAUCCGUCUAUAAACAAGAAGACUGUUUAUAUCCGUCUAUAAACAAGAAGACUGUUUAUAUCCGUCUAUAAACAAGAAGACUGUUUAUAUCCGUCUAUAAGCAAGAAGACUGUUUAUAACCGUCUAUAAACAAGAAGACUGUUUAUAACCGUCUAUAAACAAGAAGACUGUUUAUAUCCGUCUAUAAACAAGAAGACUGUUUAUAUCCGUCUAUAAACAAGAAGACUGUUUAUAACCGUCUAUAAGCAAGAAGACUGUUUAUAACCGUCUAUAAGCAAGAAGACUGUUUAUAUCCGUCUAUAAACAAGAAGACUGUUUAUAUCCGUCUAUAAACAAGAAGACUGUUUAUAUCCGUCUAUAAACAAGAAGACUGUUUAUAUCCGUCUAUAAACAAGAAGACUGUUUAUAACCGUCUAUAAGCAAGAAGACUGUUUAUAACCGUCUAUAAGCAAGAAGACUGUUUAUAACCGUCUAUAAACAAGAAGAUUGUUUAUAUCCGUCUAUAAACAAGAAGACUGUUUAUAUCCGUCUAUAAGCAAGAAGACUGUUUAUAACCGUCUAUAAGCAAGAAGACUGUUUAUAACCGUCUAUAAGCAAGAAGACUGUUUAUAACCGUCUAUAAGCAAGAAGACUGUUUAUAACCGUCUAUAAGCAAGAAGACUGUUUAUAACCGUCUAUAAACAAGAAGAUUGUUUAUAUCCGUCUAUAAACAAGAAGACUGUUUAUAUCCGUCUAUAAGCAAGAAGACUGUUUAUAUCCGUCUAUAAGCAAGAAGACUGUUUAUAUCCGUCUAUAAACAAGAAGACUGUUUAUAACCGUCUAUAAGCAAGAAGACUG